AUGGUUGCCAAUUGUGGUGCCAGAGGCAAAGACCUCUGUAGAGUUGAGGAUGCACUAGCAGUGCAGCAGACAUCAGUAGCAACUUUCAUUGACCCACAUAACCUGGCAGAAGAACAGCUGCAGUACCCGCUAUUGAGAAACAUCAGCAGUCACAUUACUGGCGGAUAUCUUCCUGAAGAUUCACGAGAAGCAAAGCAAAUUCGAGACCUGUCACAUGACAGCGAAGUGGACUUGGAUGGCGUCCUCUGGCAUGUCGGAGGCGACGCAAAGCUACUAUGGCUCCCUCAGCAGCUUCGCUCAGAGAUACUACACCUCGGUCAUGACCACCCUCUUAGUGGACACAUGGGGUACUUCAAGACUUAUAAACGAAUAAGACAGCAUCACUUUUGGUUGGGCAUGAGAGCUGACGUCUCAAGAUACGUGAGAGCCUGUGGUGUAUGUCAAAGAAUGAAAUCUAACCGACAGAAACCGAAAGGCAUGAUGACCAGCUCCUGGGCAACAGUGCCUAUGGAUGAGCUGAGCGUAGACAUUAUUGGACCCCUUCCGCCAACAUAG